UCCUCCCUCCGCGCCGCGCCCGCCUACGACCUGAGACCUUCCUAGCGACAUGCUCAACACUCCAGUAGCACUAUAUAUCACGGCCCCUCCCCAGGCCAUCUUCCGCUCACUCGAAAAUAGUACCCUCCUCUCCCUCCGGCGCUCCUCUCUCUUCUCUUCUCCCUUCUUUGUUACCGGGGCUCGCUAGCGCAUCGAAUCGGAGGAAGAACGUACGGCUCGAAGCUUGGUGUUUUUACGCCUCUACGGUUAGAACAAAUGGAUCCAUGGAUCGGCAGCCAGCCAUCCCUGAGCCUUGACCUGCACGUCGGCCUGGGCCACCACCACCGCCACCAGGCGCAGCCGGUGGUGGCGCUCGUCAAGCCCAAGAUCCUCGUCGAGGAGAACUUCUUGCCCCUCAAAAAAGACCCCGAGGUUGCGGGCCUUGAGGCGGAGCUGCAGCGGGUGAGCGAGGAGAACCGCCGGCUGGGGGAGAUGCUGCGGGAGGUGGCGGCCAAGUACGAGUCCCUGCAGGGCCAGUACAGCGACAUGACCAACGCCGCCAACAACUACAGCCACCCGUCCUCCGCGUCCACGGAGGGCGGCUCCGUGUCCCCGUCGAGGAAGCGCAAGAGCAGCGACAGCCUCGACGGCCACACGCCAUCCCCGCCACCGCCGCCGCAGCUCUCCUUCGUCCCGGAGCAGCAGGCGGAGUGCACGUCGGGCGAGCCGUGCAAUAAGCGUGUCCGGCCGGCGGCGGCGUCGGAGGAGUGCAAGCCCGUGGUGUCGAAGCGGUACGUGCACGCCGACCCCUCCGACCUCAGCCUCGUGGUCAAGGACGGCUACCAGUGGCGGAAGUACGGGCAGAAGGUGACCAAGGACAACCCUUGCCCGAGGGCCUACUUCCGGUGCUCCUUCGCGCCGGCUUGCCCCGUCAAGAAGAAGGUGCAGCGGAGCGCCGAGGACAGGACCGUGCUCGUGGCGACGUAUGAGGGCGAGCACAACCACGGCCAGCCGCCGCCGGCGCAGCCACAGCAGCAGCAGCAGCACGAUGGCAAGAACGGCGCCGCGAAGCCGCCCCAGGCACCCGUGGCUGCGGCUGCCGCGCUUCACCAGCAACAUCAGCAGCAGAAGCAGGAACAGGAAGCGGCAGUCGUGAAUGGCGAGGCGGCCGCGGCGGCGUCGGAGCUGAUCAGGCGGAACCUGGCGGAGCAGAUGGCGAUGACGCUGACCAUGGACCCCAGCUUCAAGGCGGCGCUCGUCACCGCGCUCUCCGGCCGGAUCUUCGAGCUCUCGCCCACCAAGGACCUCAACUAAUUAAUCCCCAUGCUCCACUCCACUCCAGUCCAGCUUGGGGCGGCCGAUUAGUUCGCCAUUGCUGCCUGCCUGCAUCCACCUCCGUCAAAUCGACGGACAACGAAGACGCGAUCGAUUCCAUCAGGGAUCCAGCUGCAGCUGCUCUACACAGACCAGAUCUUUUCUUGGACGAACACGAAGUCAAGGCAAAUGGAGAGUGGGUCGAUUGACGAUCAAAUGUUGUAACAACACGUAGGAUACACGGGCAGAAACACUAGAAAGUGUACAAUCCAAUUUAUUUUUUACUACUAGGUAGGCGAAAUGUUCCGUUCCUGUAGAAUUCAGAUUCAUCAAUGAGAAAGGAAUCAAGUGGCCACGUCCACACAAUCACACAUUCA